UUGUAAACAGAGCAGUGCUUGUGUUUGUUGGGUGGUGUAAGUGUUGAGGUUAAGUCAUUUGUUCGGUAAUUGAGUCUCGUUUACUGGGGAAGUGACUUAAUAGUAGAGUCGCAUCAAAUUUGAAAACUUAGUUUACUCCAACAAUAUAGUUUGUAAUUAUCAUUAUCACCAAAAAUAAUUCAUUUGGCAUUCUAGAAUAGACAGCUAAAUACAAGCAGUGGCCCACGUUCAGUGUUACGGUUCUUCAUUCUUAAGUUCGAAAUGACUUUAUCAAAACCGAGAGGCGAACUCAGGCAAGUUCGGAAAAAAGAAGAUUCCAAGAAUAAACCCAAAGCUACAUCACCUAAACCUGAUAACAAGGAGGAGCAAACAAAAGACAAACCACCGAAAUAUGGUCCUAUGCCAAAGUUUCCGAAGCAAAGACUUUGGGCAAGAGGCAUACUGAUGGUUGGAGUCAUGGCGGUAGUAUAUUUUACAUCGAAGAACUCUCGUGAAAUAUGCAUAGCAAAACAAAAGGACGUUUUGCAACACCAAGCACAAGACAUUGCCUGUUCAAAUGAAAUAAAAGCAGAGCUCAUGAAAUUUCCAGGAUGUGCACCUGCCCGUUGUGGACGGUUGGUAUCUGAUAAGUUAGUUUCAGCAACAGAGGCAGAGAUGCUGCUCAGUCUUGCUCAACGAGGUAUUGGACUUGGUGGCUCCGAUGGAGGAGCUUCAAUUUUGGACCUCCACUCAGGAGCGCUGUCACAUGGAAGAACUUUCACCAACAUAUAUAUGUUGGAAAAGGCAAAGAAUUUAUUCAAGAAACCUGACUUUGCAAUAUACAAAAUUGUGAAAUUAAAGAUCCAGCAAGCUGUUGCAUAUCAUUUCGGUUUGGACUACACUGCAAUCCAUUUAACACAUCCCACAUUCUUUUCUCGCCUGACUGAUGCUCCUCCGAAGACUGUACAUGAUGAAUAUUGGCACCCACAUGUGGAUAAGGAAACAUAUGAGUCCUUCCACUACACUUCCUUGUUAUACUUAUCAGACUAUGGAAAAGACUUUACUGGGGGACGAUUUGUGUUUGUAGAUAAGGAAUUCAACAAGACUGUAGAACCCAGGAAAGGUCGAGUAUUGAUGUUCACAUCUGGCUCGGAGAAUGUGCAUUAUGUGGAGCCCGUUACCAGUGGCACACGUUUUGCUAUCACAGUCUCAUUCACCUGUGAUAAAAAAUUUGCUAUCUCAGAUCCAAAUAUGAAUAAUUUCAGCAGAAGGAGAUAGGAGCGAUAUCAUUUUACUUGACCAAUGUAUUCUUAUUGUACCUACAGAAAAAUCUAUGUACUUAAGAUUUUUCUGUCUAAUAGUAUUAAAGUUGUGCUGUGAAGUUCACUAAAUGGUCAUUCUGUACAUUAUUUUUGUAAAGCUGAGUUUAUUCUUUAUUCCAGUAAUGAGACUGUUCAACACACAAAUGCUGUGAUAAUAUUAUUUAUGUGUUAUUUUCAGUUAAUUAAUAAUUAAUUUUGGGUUUUGAAUAGUGUAAAUUCAUUAUUAUUGCCCAUUAUUACUAUUAAAUAGCUUUCUGAUUACAAACUAAGUGACCACAUCUUGAAAUUGUUACUACAUCUUGCAUUCUGGACUUGUGUGGUGCCUCAAUAACCAUUGCAUUACCUGUAUGACACAAUCAAAAUAUUGUGAAGUACUUUUUUACUUUUCAUGA